AUGGAGAUCUUCGUGCCAGACUCGGCUGAGACGGUGACUCCAACCUGGCUGAAAGAGGUCCUGACCCAGCAAGUUGCCGGGGAGUUUGAGGUGACCAAGCACGAGGCUACGAGUCUCACUAAGGGAAAGAUGCGAGAUGGCUACCUCAGCCAGAUGGUGGCCAUCACAGCAGAGGUCACUACAUCUGAUGGCAAGACCCUGACCUUUCACCUUAUGGCCAAGAUGUUCCCAGCGGGGGAAUUCCAGCGAAAGAUGGUCACCAGUACCCGGGCAUUUGACAGAGAGAUCCACGUCUACAAGGAACUCCUCCGCCAGGUUAGAGAAGCACAGGCCGGAAAUGCACAGGUCUUGGAACCUGCAUUUGCCAAAUGUUACCACACCUGUGCCAACUUUAGCCAGUCAGCCAUUGUCAUGGAAGACUUGAAAGCCACGGGAUACCGAAUGCAUGAUCGCUAUGCUGGACUUGACUUUGAACAUUGCCAGCUCAUCGUCAAGGAACUUGGAAGGUUCCAUGCUCUCACCUAUUACACCAAGGUAAAGCAGGGCAACAUUGAAAUAGGGUCAGGAAAGAAAGGACCUAAGCACGAAGGUCAAGGCAUAUUUGGCCAAGAACCCAGACCUAACAGUGCCCUUCUUCACACAUCUGGGUCCACGGGGUCCUAUGAGCACCUUCGUUCAUGNUUCGUUCAUGGAGACUGUUGGAACAACAACAUGAUGUUCCGAUAUGAGACCAAAGAAGGGAAAGAAGUUCCAGUGGAGGUCAAGCCCGUGGACCUCCAGAUUUCCCGAUACACACACCCUACCAAUGACCUGGCCUACCUACUCUAUACUAGCACCAACCGUGACAUGCGAGACAAGCACCUGGAAUCAUUGUUCAAGUUUUACCAUAAUUCAUUCUUGGAAACAAUGCAGACAUUGGGAAUGGAGUGCCCUGAUGCAUAUAGUUAUGAUGAAAUGAAGAAGGAGUUCAAAGUCAGUGUUGAAACAGGAUUUCUGAUGGCUUGUUGGUUGAUUCCAGCAAUGCUGAUGCAGGAGGAGGAUGCUAUUGACCUAGAUACAGUCAAAGAAGGUGAUUUUGAUGAAAUUAUGGAUGACUUCAAAGACAAGAUUGCUAGUGGGUCCAAUAAGAAGGUUGUUGAACGAAUCAUUGGCUUAGCUGAAGAAAUAGCUGAGCUUGGAAUCAUCUAA